UGUCAAGCAAAAACUGUAGUUCAAAUUUAGCUGAAAUCGGGAGCUAGCUUGAUUCAGGUUAGGCCUUUCUCUUAUAUCUACUUUUCCAAACAAGAUCAACAACUCAACCUCUGACUCUCACUUCUGCAACCAUGGCUCUUCCUCUACUCCUCCUCCUCCUUCCUCUUCUCAGCCCGUUCCAAAACGUCGUCGGAGUGGGCAUAAACUAUGGUACUCUAGGCAACAACCUUCCAUCGCCAAAGAAAGUAGCUCAACUCCUUCAAUCCACCCUCAUAAACAAGGUCAAAAUCUAUGAUACUAACCCCGAAAUCCUCCAAGCCUUUGCCAACACCGGCAUUGACCUAAUCGUCGCUGUCGAAAACCACCACGUGUCGAACAUCAGCUCUAACUCGUCGGCCGAUGAGUGGCUGUCCACACGUGUCCUGCCCUUCAUUCCCGCCACUUCCAUUGUCGCCAUUGCCGUGGGUAACGAGUACUUAACAACUGAUAAGGUCGACCCUAAAGCUCUAGUCCAAGCAUUGCAAAACCUCCACGCAGCUUUAUUGAAACGAGGCCUUGAACGUAAAAUCAAGGUCACAACGCCACAUAGUAUGGCCGUUCUUGCUGCUUCAUUUCCUCCCUCAGCUUCCACUUUUGCCCCUGAACUUGCCCCGACGAUGGGCUCUAUAUUAGGGUUUUUAUCUGACACUGGAGCGCCAUUCAUGAUCAAUGCGUACCCAUAUUUUGCCUACAGGGCGAACCCCAGUACGGUCGAUAUGGAGUAUGCUUUACUGGGUAAUGCCACCAGGGUAAAUGACCCUAAAGGGUUCGUUUAUACCAACAUGUUGGAUGCGCAAAUUGAUUCUGUUAGGUCUGCCAUUAAUGCCUUAGGGUUUAGUGAUGGGUCAGUAAAGAUUACUGUUUCUGAAUCUGGGUGGCCCUCCAAAGGUGAGCCUGGGGACAUGGCGGCCACUCCGCAAAAUGCAAAGACUUACAAUACUAGGUUGAUAGAACGUGCACAGUCAAGUAAAGGGACACCCAUGAGGCCAAAGGAGAAGAUUGAUAUAUUUGUGUUUGCUUUGUUCAAUGAGAACAAGAAAGAAGGGGAUGUUACAGAGAGGAAUUUUGGGAUUUUUAAUGGGGAUGGUUCUAAGGUGUAUGAAGUUGAUUUGAGUUGCCAGUUUUGUAGUAAUGGAGGAGGGUCAUUUGAGAAAAUGUCAAGUGGAGUUGCCAGAGGACCGUCUGUUUGGUGCGUUGCUAAACCACAUGCAGAUGAAAAAGUUCUUCAAAGUGUUCUAGAUUUUUGCUGUGGACCUGGCGGUGUUGAUUGCAGAGAAAUUUACAAGACGGGUGAUUGCUUUGAGCCUGAAAAGCUUCAUGCUCAUGCUUCUUAUGCCAUGAAUGCUUACUAUCAGAAGCAUGGAAGGAACUACUGGAACUGCGAUUUCAAGGGCACUGGCCUUGUUACCUUCAGUGAUCCAAGUUACGGCACCUGCCUGUAUCCUCAGCAGUGAUUUGGCAAGGAAGGAUGUGGUUGACAGCUCCUUAGUUUGUAGUGUUUGUCAGUAUAUUUGACACUUUUUAACAGUUGCUUACUUUGGUGUUCAUUGUUUGUAUGUCUGGCAAAAUGGGUUGAGAACCGAAAAGCUUUAUAAAAGAAGCUUUUGAAAUUUGGUUGA